AGAAAAAAAUUUAUGACAAGUUUCAAUGGAUGAUGAAAAAGAACAAAUGUACAUUGAGUUAAAACAAAAUAUUUUAAAAAACAUUGGAAAUAUUAGUGCUGUUAAAUUGAAAAACAAAUUUGAAUCACAAGUGGAAUCAAAGAGGACAUUAGACAAUAUAAAAACUGUGAAAGAUUUGUAUAAUAUUUUAGAAGAACGAGAUUUAAUCAACGAAGAUAAUUUGAUUGUUUUACAAAAAAUACUGACAUAUCUUUUGGAUUAUAAAGAAAUAAAUAGUAUCAGCGAGGAGGAAAAUCAUAUUUCAUUUUAUAAAAAACAGUAUCCUACAACUGAAAAAUGUAAAAAUUGUAGAAAAGAUAAUAUGGAAGAAAUAAACGAAGAACAUCUUGAAUUUGUUCCUCACACACCAACUGCACCGUCAUUAAACAAUAUUUUCAAUUCAACUAGUGGUCCUGAGGAAGUAAAAGGAUAUGAGCAGAAUACAUCUAAAAAAAAUUUAUGACAAGUUUCAAUGGAUGAUGAAAAAGAACAAAUGUACAUUGAGUUAAAACAAAAUAUUUUAAAAAACAUUGGAAAUAUUAGUGCUGUUAAAUUGAAAAACAAAUUUGAAUCACAAGUGGAAUCAAAGAGGACAUUAGACAAUAUAAAAACUGUGAAAGAUUUGUAUAAUAUUUUAGAAGAACGAGAUUUAAUCAACGAAGAUAAUUUGAUUGUUUUACAAAAAAUACUGACAUAUCUUUUGGAUUAUAAAGAAAUAAAUAGUAUCAGCGAGGAGGAAAAUCAUAUUUCAUUUUAUAAAAAACAGUAUCCUACAACUGAAAAAUGUAAAAAUUGUAGAAAAGAUAAUAUGGAAGAAAUAAACGAAGAACAUCUUGAAUUUGUUCCUCACACACCAACUGCACCGUCAUUAAACAAUAUUUUCAAUUCAACUAGUGGUCCUGAGGAAGUAAAAGGAUAUGAGCAGAAUACAUCUAAACUAGACAGAGCAAUUUCUGAAGUAAGCAGAGAAGUUGGAAUGAAUUGGAGACAUUUAGCCGUUUGUCUCAAGAUAAAAGAAAGCGAAAUUUCAAAUAUUAAGAAGAAAUUUCAAAAUGAAGACGAAAAAGCUGCAAUGGAAAUACUCCAAAUAUGGAAAUCGCAAAAUAGAAAGAAAAAAUCGGAUGAUCUGAUUAAAAUUUUGGUAGAAAAUCUUCGAAAUAGAAUAAUUUAUCUAGAUGAUUUAGCUGAUGAAAUUGAAGUCGAAUAUUUAUCAUGAAUUCUCGUCGUGUAUAUAUUUAUUAAUUAAAAAUGAAUCUGCAUAAUUUUUAAAAAUUGUUUAUACACUUUGUUAAAAAUAUUCGAGCAUUUAUAAAAUUUUUCCAUAUUUUUUUGUACUUCGUUAUAUUAUUAUUUUAUCUGAAAAUGACUCAAACAUAUGUAAUAUGCUUUAAAUUAAUGAUUGAAUAAACAUAUUGAAAUGCUCA